AUGGACCGAGACCUCUUGCGGCAGUCACUAAAUUUCCACGGCCCGUCUUUGCUCUCCCUGCUCCGGAGCGAACAGCAGGACAACCCACACUUCCGGAGCCUCCUGGGGUCGGUGGCCGACCCUGCCCGGGGCCCGCCAGGCCAGCAGCAGUUACCGGGCAGAAAAGAGAGGAGAGUUGACAACAUUGAAAUACAAAAAUUCAUUUCCAAAAAAGCGGAUCUGCUUUUCGCACUUUCCUGGAAAUCAGAUGCACCUACAACUGCUGAAGUUAGUGAAGACAAUGAUGAUUAUUAUGCAGUCAUGCCACCGUUAGAACAAUUCAUGGAGAUACCUAGUAUGGACCGGAGAGAGCUGUUUUUUCGAGAUAUUGAGCGUGGUGAUAUAGUGAUUGGAAGAAUUAGUUCCAUUCGGGAAUUUGGGUUUUUCAUGGUGUUGAUUUGUCUAGGCAGUGGCAUUAUGAGAGAUAUAUCCCACUUAGAAAUCACAGCUCUAUGUCCUCUAAGAGACAUGCCUUCAAUCAGUAACCAUGGGGAUCCCUUGUCAUAUUACCAAACUGGUGACAUCAUUCGAGCUGGGAUCAAGGAUAUUGACAGAUACCAUGAAAAGCUUGCAGUGUCUCUAUAUAGCUCAUCUCUUCCACCACACCUAUCUGGUAUUAAAUUAGGUGUAAUUAGUUCUGAAGAACUUCCUUUGUACUACAGGAAAAGCGUUGAACUAAAUAGCAAUUCUUUGGAAUCCUAUGAGAAUAUCAUGCAGAGUUCUUUGGGAUUUGUUAAUCCAGGAGUAGUUGAAUUCCUUUUAGGAAAACUAGGAAUAGAUGAAUCUAAUCCACCAUCUUUAAUGAGAGGCCUUCAAAGCAAAAAUUUCUCUGAGGAUGAUUUUGCUUCUGCAUUAAGGAAGAAGCAGUCUGCAUCAUGGGCUUUAAAAUGUGUGAAGAUUGGAGUUGAUUAUUUUAAGGUUGGACGCCAUGUGGAUGCUAUGAAUGAAUACAAUAAGGCUCUGGAAAUAGACAAACAAAAUGUGGAAGCUUUGGUAGCUCGUGGAGCAUUAUAUGCAACAAAAGGAAGUCUGAACAAAGCAAUAGAAGAUUUUGAACUUGCACUGGAAAACUGUCCAACUCACAGAAAUGCAAGAAAAUACCUCUGCCAGACACUUGUAGAAAGAGGAGGGCAGUUAGAAGAAGAAGAAAAGUUUUUAAAUGCUGAAAGUUAUUAUAAGAAGGCUUUGGCUUUGGAUGAAACUUUCAAAGAUGCAGAGGAUGCUUUGCAGAAGCUUCAUAUAUAUAUGCAGAAAUCUUUGGAAUUAAGAGAAAAACAAGCUGAAAAGGAAGAAAAGCAGAAAACAAAGAAAAUAGAAACAAGUGCAGAAAAGUUGCGUAAGCUCUUAAAAGAGGAGAAAAGGCUAAAGAAAAAAAGAAGAAAAUCAACUUCUUCUUCGAGUGUCUCUUCUGCUGAUGAAUCAGUUUCUUCUUCAUCAUCCUCUUCAUCUUCUGGUCACAAAAGGCAUAAGAAACACAAGAGGAACCGCUCAGAGUCUUCUCGGAGUUCUAAAAGGCAUUCAGCUAAGGCAUCCUCAAGUCAGAUAGAUCAGAGUAAGAAAGAUGAGUGCUUCCCAGUUCCAGCUAAUACGUCAGCAUCUUUUCUUAACCAAAAACAAGAAGUGGAAAAACUAUUGGAAAAGCAGGAUAGGUUACCAUAUCAAAAGAAACAGGUAAAAGAAAAAGAUAAAUGUUCUUUCUCAUCAUCUUCUGUUGAAAUUCCGGAUGAUUUUGGAGGUAGGUCUGAAGAUCCAAGAGAUUUUUAUGAUAGCUAUAAAACUCAGGCAGGUAGUAGCAGAACAGAAAAGCCAUAUAAAUCAGAAAGACAUUUUUCCAGUAGAAGAGAUUCCUCAGAUUCUUUUCAUAGGAAUUCAGAGGAUAAGGUAAAAAUGUAUGGUUAUAGAAGAUUUGAAAAAGAUACAGAAGGAAGAAAAGAGCACUAUAGAAAGUGGGAGCCAGGUUCCACGAGACAUGCUACCUCACCAGCAAGCUCAGACUACUCUUGGAAGUCAGGAGAAAAAUAUAAGAAAUCCACUUACUCGGGAUCACGUGAUCUAAGUAGACAUGAGCAAAGAUAUCAAUUAAGUAAAAAUCAAGGAGAAUAUGAAAGAGAGGGUAAUUACGUGGAGGAUAUUAAAACAGAGGUUCAGGGAGAGGGACUCAAUAGCAAAGACCAUUCAGAAGGUGGAGUUAAAAAAAAUUUACCUCAAAAUUUACUCAAUAUAUUUAAUCAGAUAGCUGCAUUUGAGAAAGAAAAAGGAAAUAAGCCAAAAAACUAA